UGUCGAGGUCGAAUGUCGCUAUCGACUAUCGAUUGCUUUUUGUUGCCCGAUAUUUUUGUUUUGAUUACGAUUUGCCAUUUUGGCAGUUUGUUUUUGUUCGGAUGAAAAAUGAAGUGAAGUGGUAUCGAUAGAUUAGAUAGACUUGAUAAUUACGGAGGUGUUUGUGCAACAUAGUUGAUUGUAUAGUAAUCGUAACAUUUGUGAAUUGAAUGAUGCUAAUGGUUAAUGUUACGGUAUGAAGUUGAUAAAACUGUCUGUCCUUCGUAGUCGCAGUUACUUCCUAUAAAACUUUGCAGUUGGUCAUGUGCUUGUGUGAUUGUUGUAAAACCUGCAAAAUAUCCUUCUUCAUUUUAUUACAUCUACAAGAAUUUCAAUUUUCUACGUGCAUGAGUUAUCGCAGACGAUGAUCUUUCAAGAAAAUGUCGGAAAAAGGUAAAGAAUAAAUUAUUUUUGCAAUCACGGGAAUAGGAACAAAGAACGCGAAAAGUGAAAACGCAUCUGUAAAUAAGAACAAAUACGGAGGAAGAACUCUGGGUCAGAGCUUUGAAAACAAAAAAAAAACGAAGAACGCGAUUGUCUUGUUUCAAAAACAAAACUCUGUUGUCUUUUCAACCCUGGUUGUUGAGCAGUGAUUAUUAUCGAUUCGUGAAAUUCACCAAAGUUAUCUAAAGCUACACAUUUUGUUGCCCUGCAUCAUUUAGAUAACACUGGCAAUUUGAUGGAUGCGGAUGCCUUGGCUCAAGCUGAAAUAGAUAAAAAUCAUUUGCAAAGUGAUCUAUUGACAGCUGUUAAAGAAUGCCAGAAGAAAUACGGCGGUCGUAUCGAACUCGCUACUGAAUUGGACUCGCAUGUAUCUCGCGUUUGCUUUUGCUUUGAAGCUGUUUUUAAUCACGGUUUGAAGAGGACUAUUUCUAAAAAAUCUACCAAAGCUUUCUGUAUCAACGAAAAACCAACGUUCUGGCUUUGCAUCUCUCAUAUCUUAUCUCAACACGAGCGAGACCGUUACAAUAGUUUGAAGAACGUAAAAUCAAAUUGGGGUAAAGGUAGAGCCUGGCUGAGAUCUGCUCUCAAUGAGAGAUCGCUGGAACGAUACUUACAAUCGUUGAUAUUCGACGAAAUUUUACUGGCGGAGUAUUAUGAAGAAUUAGCGUUUCUCAGAGAUCAAGAGAAAAGUAAUAUUUUACCCACCGCUGCUGCAGGUUUGGUGCCAAUACUAUUCGCUAUUAGUAUCGAUAGAGAGGAUUUGAAUCACAGAAACAACGAUUGUGGAAUCGACAAAUUCAAUUCGGAACAAGUCAUACUAACCGAAUCCAUGGAUGUACUGAAAAUAAACGAUGUUCGUAGAAAAAUUCAAAACAAUAUUAUAGAAUUUGAUGACACAUGCGAAAAUAAUGGUAACUACGAUGAAAUAAAUGCAUCCGUUUGUUCGCCGUGUGAUAUUUCUACUGUCGAAAUAGCGGAAGAUGCUGCUGAUACAAUACUGAAAAAUGAACACUCCGCAUAUUUUAAUAACGAUUCUGAAGACAACGUUAGUAGUAUGGGUCUAAGACCAAUAAGUGAUGAAGGAGUAGGCGAACUAAUACCUGUAUCAACUGAUAUCAAUAAUGCUGAUGAUUCGACUUUAUUUUCCGAUUUCCCCAGUGAAGAUGGCAUUUCUGUGGGAUCAACUGACGAUCAAGGGUUUCAAAAACUAUACGAAUCGGCGAAGGAAGAACUGAAAAAGCAGUUGGCAUUAAAUUCUACCUUAGAUGCUCGCGUCCACGAAUUGAACAGGGAAAAUGAAGUGUUGAAACACCAGCUGCGAAAGUACGUUAGUGCUGUACAAAUGCUGAAACAAGAAGAUGCGGACCAUACGUUCGAAGCUCAAUUAUACGAAAAAAAAUUGGUGCAGGUCGCAGAAAUGCACGGCGAGCUAAUGGAACUAAACAAUAGAUUGCAAAUCAGUUUAUUGGCUAAGGAAGAAAUGAAUAAACGGUUACAAGAAGAACUAAUUUCUUUACGAGGUCCUCUUCCCUCUGAAGAUUUUUCGUUGCAUAAACUAGUCAGCUUAUGGGUUCCAUCAGUUUUUCUUACUGGACGAUAUGCCGAUCCUCAUCAUGUGUAUCAAGUACAUUUUAGAAUAGGUUCGGAAGAAUGGAAUGUGUACAGGAGGUAUGCUCAGUUCCACGCAUUUCAUCAAAAACUUAAGAAAGAAUACAGUAUUGCUUCUGGGUUUCAUUUUCCGCCAAAAAAGACUAUCGGAAAUAAAGAUGCAAAUUUUGUCGAAGAAAGAAGAAAAAAAAUACAAUUGUAUCUACGACAAGUUAUUAAUUUCUUGUUAACGCAAGAUUCCCAUUUAGCCGUGAACCCUACUAAAGCAUUAUUUACCUCUCGUGUACAAUUUUUCAGUGAACAGUACAAAGAAGGCAACCAGUCGAGAUCUCAUAGCAUUUUUGGUAACUGUUUGCAACAACCUCAAAACGACACUGAAGAUACAUUAGCGCAGUAUUCAGGAUUAUAAUAUUAAUCAAAAAUUAUACCGAAAAAGAUUACCUUUAGAGGCAGACAUUAACAUGGUUUUCAUUGAUGUGUCCGCUUAUUAUCAUUAUCAAAAUGUAUUAUACUUUUCAUCAAAAUCGUGGAUAAAACAAGCUUGAGUAGCUAAUUUUUUUCAACUGCUAUUUCAUCUUUCUCGUUUUAAAAACUUUUGAGGAUAAAGAUAUAUUUUGUUGAAUUACCUGUUUCAUUUGAACUUUUUAUAUUUUUUUAAUCUAAUACUACGUACAGUUUAAUUCGUACAUAUAAAGUAAUUUCAUUACA